UUUCCCAGAAGGCUGCGCUCGCCGUUAGAGGAGCCGGAAGACUGGCGGGUGGGGUGAACCCCUCAUCCUGGGUCUCUUAAUUUCUCAGGCGGAAUGAGUGGCGGCGGACAGACGCCUUUGGCGGCGCUGUCUGUGGGUUGUCUGGGUGUACGGAACUGGGCACAGAGACUGUGGCGCCGGUCAUACAGCUCUGCCUCCAGUAGUGAGGCAAAAAGCUGAGGCGCUUCUCCUUUAAUUGAGGUGGGCGUGGCGUGGCGAAGCGGCCCGCGUUGCUAUUGGUGGUCGUUGGGGGCGCGGAAACUGAACCGACUGCAACGGCCACCGCUUUAGCCUCCGGUGCAGCCAGACCCGCCAUGGCUGCGCCCUGCGCGGAGGACCCCUCGCUGGAAAGGCAUUUUAAGGGCCACCGAGAUGCAGUUACCUGUGUGGACUUCAGUAUCAAAACAAAGCAGCUGGCCAGCGGCUCCAUGGACUCAUGCCUCAUGGUGUGGCACAUGAAGCCCCAGUCACGUGCCUACCGCUUCACUGGCCACAAGGAUGCUGUCACCUGUGUGAACUUCUCUCCUUCGGGACACCUGCUUGCCUCCGGCUCCAGAGACAAGACUGUUCGCCUCUGGGUACCCAAUGUCAAAGGUGAGUCAACCUCGUUUCGUGCACACACAGCCACCGUGAGGAGUGUCCACUUCUGCAGUGAUGGCCAGUCCUUCGUGACAGCCUCUGACGACAAGACAGUCAAAGUGUGGUCAACUCAUCGCCAGAAAUUCCUGUUCUCCCUGAGCCAGCACAUCAACUGGGUCCGCUGUGCCAAGUUCUCCCCCGACGGGCGGCUCAUCGUGUCUGCCAGUGAUGACAAGACUGUCAAGCUCUGGGACAAGAGCAGCCGGGAGUGCGUCCACUCAUACUGUGAGCAUGGCGGCUUUGUCACCUACGUGGACUUCCACCCCAGUGGUACGUGUAUUGCUGCUGCUGGCAUGGACAACACAGUGAAGGUGUGGGAUGUGCGGACUCACCGGCUGCUGCAACAUUAUCAGUUGCACAGCGCAGCAGUAAACGCGCUCUCUUUCCACCCGUCGGGAAGCUACCUGAUCACGGCCUCUAGCGACUCGACCCUGAAGAUCCUGGACCUGAUGGAGGGCCGGCUGCUCUACACACUACACGGGCAUCAGCCUGCAGGGAGAGGGAUAGAGGCCUUUCCCUGUGACCUGGACAGAUUGCUGGGCCUGGGACUGGUACAGCUGAGAAGGGGACCAGCCACCACUGUUGCCUUUUCAAGAACCGGGGAGUAUUUUGCUUCUGGAGGCUCUGAUGAACAAGUGAUGGUCUGGAAGAGUAAUUUUGAUGCUGUUGAUCAUGGAGAAGUCAUGAAAGUGCCAAGGCCCCCAGCCACACUGGCCAGCUCUGCAGGGAAUCUGCCAGAAGUGGACUUCCCUGUCCCCUCAGGCAGAGGCAGGAGUGUGGAGUCUGUGCAGAGCCAGCCCCAGGAGCCCGUGAGCAUGCCCCAGACGCUGACCAGCACUCUGGAGCACAUCGUGGGCCAGCUGGAUGUCCUCACUCAGACAGUCUCCAUCCUGGAGCAGCGGUUGACACUGACAGAAGACAAGCUGAAGCAGUGUCUGGAGAACCAGCAGCUAAUCAUGCAGAGAACGACACCGUGAUCAGGGGAGCAAGAAUCAGGAGCUCGGUCGAUUUGGGGGGUGGCAGGCCAGGGAUUUGUACUGUGGGACUUGGGUAAAUAAAGGGGACUGAACUCUGUGGGAAUCACAUCCAUACUGGAGGCCUGGAUUUUGCAGUUCUGCCCUCCACCUUGCCAUCUGCACCAGGAGGCUCUCCACGUCGUGGUCCUGGCAGCCAGAGGUCCCCCAUGGGUCGGGCUCACACACAAAUGAUGCUUCAGACCCGACUGAGAGGGCCACAUUUUGCCUAAUGUAAAGGAGCCACUUGAAAAUGCCUGCUUCCUCAGGGUCCUGAGAAUGUGGCUCCCCUCUGGAGGAGGCGGACCCACAAUGCCUUGAUUUUGACUCAUCAUUUGGACAUGUGACUGGCUUUUUGCACACCUGGCAUGGCAUAGAAAUUGAUUGCACAUUGGUUGGAUAAGGCAGGGGUUUUCUCUAAAUCUGACUAAAGGCCCAAAGUAGGCCCAUCUGAGUCACGUGGUCCAGUAACAAGCCCUCUCAAGUGGGUGGUGGCUUUGCAGUGGCCCUGGUUUCUGUUUCACACGUGUUCACUGGAGCCAGGUGGCCUCCUCCUUGUGUGAGGGCAAAGGAAUCUGAAAAUUAAACCUGACUUCAUUGCA